AAGUAAACGUCAUUGCUGUCAUAUUUUCCUUUCGCGAUGGAGUUUCAUCGUCAUUUCUGCUGAAAAAUUCGAGAGUUUAGUUGGAAAAAACGCUAGGAAGAUAGAGUUGCGGUGCAAUGGUGUAACGGGAUGUUGGUGGAACAGUGAAAAGUGCUCCGUGGUCAAUGGAAUAACUCAGUACAAGUGCAUGAAUUUUUUUGGGUGGUGGAGUGAAAAUUUGUGUUGGUGGACCUUUUUUUUUUGCUCUUUGGCAGCGCAAUUUGUUACGAGACUUAUCUCUCACCUGUGAAAAAAAGUCCAUCUGUGCUGUUGCACCUUUUGCGUCAGUCAGAUCUUGAGUGUUUGGCCAGUAGAACAGGCAGACUGGGCUGGAGUCCUCGGAAGGAAAACACGGAGAUUUUGUGGCAAGGAGGAAUCCGUGUUUUUGUUCUCAAAAGAAUCUCCUCCAUGUUUCUCCGGGAGAGUGAGAGAGAAGAUGAAUGACUCUCUGGGGCUUGUUUUGAAUGGGCCUCAAGGAGGAGGAGAGACAUGCUGAAGGCACAUUUGGUGUUCUCAAUGAAGAUUCCUUAAUUGUUUUUGGCACUGAAGAAGAUUGGUGUUUGGCAAAGUGUUAUGUGCUCUUGCUCUGGCCUGUGACUUUUCAGAGGGCAGGUGCUCAGUUUUUACGGGGUGUUCAGGAAUUAGGAUUAAGUAAAGCUCUGUGAACUAAAGUGUUUUGACUGGGAAGAAUUUGUGUCUCUCCCAGAGGGAUGGGUGUUUUGUGCAAUCUUUGGAGCUGAUAGAAGCGUUUCCCGUUCCUCAAGAAAAAAAUCACACAUUAAGCCCCCAUGAACGUGAGCCAGCACAGUGGUCCGGGGCCUCCGCUAAGUCGGGGCCUCUCGGACAGGUCAGUGACUGGACCAUCAUGUCGGGCCCUCAAGACUGCCGUCUCGGCGCUCUACUCCGUCGAUGACUUCGUGAAGGAGAAGAUUGGCAGUGGAUUCUUCUCUGAAGUAUAUAAGGUGACACAUCGAACAACUGGUCAAGUUAUGGUACUGAAAAUGAAUCAAUUGAGAUCCAAUCGACCAAAUAUGCUACGUGAAGUACAACUGCUCAAUAAAUUAUCCCAUCCAAAUAUUUUAAGUUUUAUGGGCGUUUGUGUACAAGAAGGGCAACUCCAUGCCCUUACAGAGUACAUGAAUGGUGGUUCCUUGGAGCAGUUGAUCCAAUCACAGGGUGAUAACCUGUCACCUUGUGUCAAAAUAAGACUGGCCCUGGGUAUUGCCAGGGGAAUGCAAUACGUCCACGAUGCUGGUAUUUUCCAUCGGGAUCUAACAAGCAAGAAUGUCCUGAUACGAAAAUCAGCUGAUGGACUAGAUGCUGUUGUUGGUGACUUUGGACUUGCAGCAAAAAUUCCACGAAAGAAAGGAGGUAAAAAUCGACUGGAUACCGUCGGUUCGCCGUACUGGAUGAGUCCAGAAUGUCUUAAUGGGCUGUGGUACGAUCAGACAAGCGAUGUUUUCUCGUACGGAAUCAUAUUAUGCGAACUAAUUGCAAGUAUUGAAGCUGAUCCAGAUAUCUUGCCAAGAACGGAUUCCUUUGGAUUAGAUUAUUUGGCGUUCGUGGAUUUGUGUCCCGUCGAUACUCCACCUGUUUUCUUAAGACUGGCAUUUUAUUGUUGCACCUAUGAUCCAAAGAGUCGUCCAACAUUUGCAGAGAUUGUAAAGAAGCUGACCAUGCUACUGGACAAAAUCAAUGAUGACGACAGUAUACUGCACAUUAUAUCGUCUCCAUUGACUGGAGUAACGGCGAACAGUGAGAAGGCUCCAAAUGGUAUUGUGUCAAAUGGGGUUGGGAAUUUGAAUGGUAAAAGAAAUUCAGUGGAUGUUCGAUUGAAUGCCGCCACGAGUGAAUCGAGUGAAGAGGAGGAAGGACUCGUUAGAAUGCGAAAUAAGAGUGAAUUGAAGGAUCAUGCACCACUUCAGCAUCGUCGUUCGAUGUCAGAGAAUGUUAUUGUCUUUCCGCAGCAUACGACACCGAGUGACAAAGCACGAUGUCAUAUGCUGAAUAGGCAGAGUAAGGGACCGGAUUCACCAACACCUGAUUCUCCAACCUAUUCCAAUGUGACACUACGAAAAGUGGCUGAAACGAUGUUCCUCAAGGAUCCACAGUAUAAGCCACGUGUUGGGGGAGAAAAUACCAAAUUGAAUCCAUUCACUGCCCUUGCUCAGUUGAGGGGUGUUAAGAAGAUCCUAGGAGCCAAUCCAAGUUCCUAUACAGCAGGAGUUGGGGAUUUGUUUAGUUCGUGCUUUGAGAUGUCAUCGCCAUUGGUGAAGGAGGAAUGGAGUUAUUUUGACAAAGGCGGCCUAAAUGGUGAGAUAACCCCAAAGAGUCUUCCAAAUUCUCCCAUAAGUGGACGCAAAGAGUACAACAGUGGUGGUGGUAAGUGUGAAAAAAAUGUGCCCACCGAGAGUGGUGUUCCGAAAGCUCGAAGGAUCAAAGAUGGCGAAGAGACGAAGGAAUACCUUGAGUUGGAUUUGCAAAAGUGUACAGGUACAAUUAAAAAGUUCAAAGCCAAUUCACUAUUCAGUCAUCCACUGUUUAAGAGUGGUCAGAGUGAGAGUGAAGUUGGCUGCAAUAGUGACAGAACUGGCAGGACUGACAGGGCUGACAGCCAAAGUGACAGAGAAACGUGUGAGAAAGAGAUGAUAGAGAAGAGCAAAUCAGAUUCAAGUGAAACAGUUUGCUAUGAGAACAAUAAGGUUUUAAAUCGUCGAGGAUCGACAGAAAGUGGAUUUUUUUCGUGUUUAAAUGAAGAUUUUGGCGGUGGAACAUCUUCAGCAUCAUACAAAGGUCCCUGUUGCUAUGAUCGCAUCAAUAUGGACACUCCGGAACGGAUUCCAAUUUGUCCAUGUUGCUUAUACGGUACACCGUAUCAGACACCAAAGAAGGAUGAUUUGGAAUUAUCAAGUCAGACCCUCAAUGACUCCAAUAGUAUCUUGAUGUUUGAAGAUGCUUCAACACCGGUAAGUUCACUUCGAAGUUUGGAUGAUUUGGAGUUGUCAGAUUCGCGUAAGCAGCAGCGUUUUCACUGUCGUCAUAUGAUUGGUAGCAAUGUUGACAUUGACACAAGAUCCAUUGACAUGGGAUUAAUCAAUCGCCUAGCCCUAGACUCAGAGAUUAAUAGUCUCAUACAGAAAAGUCAAUUUGCAAAUCAACUGCUCUACUGCAAAAAUCGCACUUCGUCCAUUUAUACGGACAGUUCUGAUGACAUUAGCAGUUUAGCUGGGUCAGAUUCACUUCUGUGGGACGAUCGAUCGUACACAGCAAUUCCCAACACAAGAUCCGCCCAAAUUGCCAAAAUUGUGGAAUACUUUGAGCGAAAGGGUCAAGCAUUUAAGCAAUUCAGUGUACCUGAAUCACUCAAAACGACGCCGUCCCAAUUCUCAUCACAAUCGCGCUACCCUGGCACUGCUAGUCCCCUGGCAGGAUGCUUUGCCGAUAUGCGGCGGGAGUAUGGCUUUGACAGACGCUACACCGACUACAAAAGUCGCAAUGUCGACUAUGAAGCCUUCUGCCUGGAACUGGACAAAAAGCCAACGCAACAGCGUUUGACUGUCUGCGAAGGAGCUGUUAGGUCAAAAUUGCAGCUGUUUGACAAGCUGAAGCAGAACUCGGCAUCUUCGGGAGCCGGAAGUGGAAAUGUCAGUGGAAGUCAACCUGAAUGAACUUUGCUGCCAAACAAAUGAAUGAGGUCCAGUAUCACUUUGAAGUGAAAUUUCAUGAUUUAUUUGUCCACAAGGUAAGAAAAUAUUUAGAAUUUUCUGAAUAUUUUGUGUUUCAUUUUGUUUUCAAACGAAGCAGUAAGGAAAAAUGGUGCAAAAGGCCAAAAAAAAUCAAACCUAAUAAUUUACAAAUAGUGACGCAGUAUAUAAAUAAACUAUAUUCAAUUGAAUUCUAAGUUGUUAAAGGUGUUUAUUACCCGAGGAAAUGGAGAAUGCGAGAAACAAUAAACAGUCCUCAUUAAUAAAAAUUUAUUACUGAGGCUAAAUAUUUCUACU